AUGGAGCAUCACUCUCAACCACCACCACCACUACCAGCACUACCAGCACUACCACCACUGCCAGUAGAAGCAACGACGACGACGACGACGACGACGACGACGACGACAACGACAACCUCUGCUAUUGUCGCUGAUGCUACGAUGCCGCUCAAGCCAGACCCAUCUGCUCUACGUCGCUCCACAGCACGUCGGAGAGCCGUCUUUGCCGCGCUCUUCACCAUCGAGCUGGCCACUUCCGUCGUCUACUCGUUCAUUGCGCCGUUCUACACGGACGAAGCGCAUGCAAAGUCUGUGAGCCAGACGGCCGCGGGAUGGGUCUUUGCGUCUCUGGCGGCGGCCGUCGUGGUCGUGUCGCCGUUCGCAGGCGGCCUCAUGGCCAAGCUCGGGCGGCGACGACUGCUCCUGACGGGCCUUGUCAUCGAGGCGUCUUCCACCAUGCUGUUUGGAUUCACGACGCUUCUGCCCGACGGCGCGGCCUUCUUCUCGGGUUGCGUCAUACUGCGCUUGAUCGAGGGAGUCGGGUCGGCGUUUGUCGGAACGGCCGCUCUCGCAAUCGCCGCAGCAGAGUUUAAGGAUACUCGGGCAUCUGCGCUUGGUGCCAUUGGCAUUGCAUCGGGCCUUGGAUAUUGCGGCGGCGCUCCGCUUGGCGGAUUUCUGUAUGACUGGCAAGGAUUCCGACUACCGUUUCUCGUUUGCGGCGGUCUGGAGUUUUGCACCAUUCCGCUCGUUCUGCUGUGUAUUCCUGCGUCGUCAUCUCAAGGAGUGACUGCGAUCGACUCCAUCGAGGCAGCCAAACAAAACCCUGCGGCGCAUACGGACACGCGCAAACGCUCUUCUUCACAUGCAUUGCUACCGCCUGCCACGCCACGAAAGCUGCUGCGCAUUCCUCGCAUUUGGGUUGGAUGCUUUGCGGCGAUUCUUAGCAUUGCGGCCAUCACCUAUCUGGAUCCGUCGCUGUCCACGUUUUGCGGCGACACGUUCAACAUGUCGCCCGGCACUGUCGGCAUCAUGUUUCUCGUCAUCUCCAUCGUCUAUGGCGUCGCUUCGCCGCUGGUUGGCAUGCUAGCCGAACGCAUCUCGCCGCUAGCGUUGAUGGCUGUCGGCUCGGUCCUGUCCGUGAUUGCCUACCUCAUUGUUGGCCCGAGCCCAUUGCUUCCGUUUUUGCCACAGACCGAGGCAGUCGCAUGGACCUCCAUGGCAGCCAUUGGUCUCUCAAUUAGCGUAGCCUGCGUCCCGAUCGUCCCCGAGCUGAUUGCGGCGGGCGCAACGCGGCAUCCGAACGACGACGCCUUGUCGGACGCAGUGUCUGUGAUUGCCGCAUGCAUCUUCUCGCUCGGAGAGUUUAUUGGGCCCAUCAUGGGAGGAGCUAUCGUUCCAGCUGUCGGAUUCGAGUGGGGCGCCACCAUUUUCGCCUGCAUUCUGCUCGCAUUCGCCAUUGUACAGUGCGCAACCGCAACAAGUGUGCUCUGUUCUGGAAACUGCUGCACACGGAGCCGUCUUGCUCCUGACAAUGAUGAACCAGAGCAGCACCAGCCCCUCUUGUUGAAUGCAGACCUUGGCGAAGCCGAGGAGGCCUGAAAAAACAAAGAAAGGGGGAAACGUUCGUCCGUACCUCACUUUUUGUACUGUUAGUCAUCCUGUACCACUAUGUUAUUCCUUCUGUUAAUAGACGAAAUUGCAACCUCGCC